CGCUCCGAGCUCGCCUCCGCCCGCCCAGCCCGCAUAUAGUAGCCCAGCAUCGCCAGCAGACGGCAGCCAGUCGAGCGCGAGGAGCCGCAGCAGUUGGUUGUAGUGGGGACCCGGCUGACUAAGGUCGUUUGUUUACAUCGCGCGGGAGGGGUCCAGUCGGCGGCUAGUCCGCGCUCGGCCGCACUGCGCGCUGCGCCCAGUUCGCGUGUCCUGGUCGACGUGACAACGUGACUCCCAGCGCCAUGGCGGUGCUCCUCGUCGCGGUGCUGCUCAUCGCGGGGCUCGUCCUGCUUAAGCACUUCCUCGCCCAGCGGAGGCUCAAGAACUUCCCGCCGGGCCCACCCCGGCUGCCGCUGCUGGGGUCGCUGCCCUUCAUCCCCGGUUCCCUGAUCCACCUGCACGCCGAGGAGCACUGGCGGCGCCGCUACGGCCCGGUGGUGGGGCUCACGACGGGGUCCUCGCAGACCCUGAUCGUGGUGUGCGGCGCGGAGGAGGUGCUGUCCAUCCUCAACCAGGAGCACAGCCAGAUGCGGCCGGCGGGCACGGUCAAGCUGCGCUCCUUCGGCAAGAGCCUAGGGCUCAUGUUCAGUGACGGCGCCUACUGGACGGAGCAGCGCCGGUUCACGCUCCGCGAGCUGCGCGACCUCGGCCUGGGGAAGAGCAAGCUGGGCGACGUGAUCCUGGACGAGGCGGAGGCCACGCUGGACGCCAUGGAGAGGGACGGGCCGGCGGUGGAGCCCAACAAGCUCUUCAACGCGCCGGUGCUCAACGUGCUGUGGUACAUGGUGUCCGGGCGGCCGUUCGCGCGCCCCACCGCCGAGGGGCUGGACCCCAAGAGCCAGCGCCUGCUCCACAUCAUGAACAAGGCCAUGCGCAACAAGCGGCUCGCCACGGCGCCCUGCGACAUCUGGCCCGUGCUGCGCUACAUCGCGCCCGAGUGGUCCGGCUACAACGAGAUCUACCCGCCCAUCUUCGAGGUGCAGGCCUUCCUCCGGGACGAGAUUAAGCAGCAGCGAAGUGACGACGUGCACAGCUCGUUCAUGUCUAAAUACUGCCAGGAGAUCGACAAAGCGCAGCCUGGCUCCAGUUUCACAGAGGAGAGCCUCAUCACCACGUGCCUGGACCUCUUCAUGGCGGGCGGCGAGUCGACGGCCAACACGCUAAGCUUCUGCCUCAUGUACAUGGCCAUGUACCCCGACAAGCAGGCUAAGGUGCACGCCGAGCUGGACGCGGCGGGCCGCGAGCCCGGCGACAUCGUGCCCCUCUCGGACAAGGCCAGGUUGCCCUACCUCGAGGCCACGCUGGCCGAGGUGAUGCGCGUCAACACGAUCGCCCCGCUGGCCAUACCGCACAGGAACUCCGAGGACGUGGAGAUGAACGGGUACACCAUCCCCAAGGACUCCAUGAUCCUCAUCAGCUUAUGGAGCGUCCUCAACGACCAGAAGCACUGGGGCGACCCCGAAGUGUUCCGCCCCGAGCGCUUCAUCGACGCCAGCGGCAAGUACGUCAAGGACCCCUGGAUGAUACAGUUCGGCCAAGGCAAGAGGGUGUGCAUCGGCGAGGCCUUCGCCAUGCAAGUGGCCUUCUCGUUCUUCGCGAACCUCAUGAACCGCUUCAAGUACUCGCUGCCCGCCGGGGCGGAGCGGCCGUCCACCAUCCCGGUGGCGGGCUUCACCGUCUGCCCGCAGGACUUCACGGUCAUCGCCACCCGAAGGAAAUAAGGAAGACCCUCUCAACCGUUUUUGUAAAAUUUGUAUCAAACCAGCCGUAUAAAGAUACUCGAUUUCCUCUGUUGCGCGAGGUGACAGUCACGUUUUUAAACAUUAAAAACAUGAGGUAUUUUUUUACAGA